GAGAGGGAGCGCGAUCCCGUCGCGAGGAGCGAGAGAGAGCCCCCCUCCCCGGGACCGGGGGGACGGAGGAACGGAGAGCGGCGGCGCCGUUCGCCCCCAUCGCCCAAGGCCCGACCUGACCUGACCUCAUCGUUUAUUAGCACUUCGCAAAAGAGGUUAAAGAUCCGACAGCAUAAGCUCUCACUUUGUCUAUAUAUAUAGUUACAAUGUGCCCGCAAAGUAUGUUGAGUUCAUACAGUGCGCAUGACCAAUCCUCUGAUCAUGCUCCUCCUUACCAUCAUCUGCGCCACUUUGGGGCUAACCGCUGGUGCGCCGCAACCCCUAGGCGGCAUCGUCUGCAUCCCAUCUGAGAGGGCUGCUUUGCUGUCCUUCAAGAAGGGUAUCACAAGGGACAAGACCAAUCGCCUCGGCUCAUGGCACGGCCAAGAUUGCUGCCGGUGGAGAGGUGUCACCUGCAGCAACCGAACCGGCAACGUCCUCAUGCUCAAUCUUGCCUACCCGAGCUAUCCAUAUGAUGACUCGUACGACAGAGAUGUAUGCGGCGAUUCCAGAACUUUGUUUGGCGAGAUAAGUCCCUCUCUACUCUUGCUGAGACAACUAGAGCACAUAGACCUAAGCUGGAACUGCUUGUUAGGCCCAAAUGGGCGUAUGCCUUCAUUCCUGGGCUCCAUGAAGAACUUGAGAUACCUCAAUCUCUCUGGAGUACCAUUCAAAGGUAGCGUGCCUCCUCAGUUAGGCAACCUAUCUAGGUUGCAGUACCUUGAUCUUGGCAAUUCAUAUUUAGCAUAUGGCAUAUACUCAAAGGACAUUACUUGGUUAACAAACCUACCUCUGCUGCAGUACCUUGGCAUGCGUUAUGUAAAUCUCUCAGGGAUAGCUGGUGAUUGGCCUCAUAUACUGAAUAUGAUACCAUCUUUAAGGGUCAUUAGUCUCUCUGACUGUUUGCUUGGUAGUGCAAACCAAUCGCUCGCAUUUUUUAAUCACAAACUUGAGAAGCUUGAUCUCUCGUUCAACGACUUCCAUCACACAUAUAUAUCGAGUUGGUUCUGGAGAGCGACAAGUCUCAAGCACCUAGUUCUGGAGGAGACCGGAUUGUUUGGUGAAUUGCCUGAUGCACUAGGAAACCUGACAUCUCUUGUUGUCCUUGAUUUAUCAGGUAAUGUGAACAUGACGAUAACACAAGGCUUGAAGAACCUUUGUGGUUUGGAAAUCCUUGACCUUAUCGACAGUUCGAUAAAUAUAGACAUAGCAGAGUUGAUGGACAGAUUACCACUGUGCACAAGGGAAAACAAAAACUUACAGUUACAGGAGCUCCAUCGGCCAAGUUCGAUAGGGUACUUCAGGAGCUUACGCAUCCUUGAUCUCAGCUAUAACAAUCUCAGAGGAAGUGUACCUACUGAAAUUGGUACCCUUACAAAUUUGACCUAUUUGGAUCUAAGCAAUAACAACCUCGGUGGAGUAAUCACGGAGGAGCACUUUGUAGGUCUGAUGAACCUAAAGGAAAUUGACCUGUCUUUCAAUAAUUUGAGUGUUGUAGUGGAUGCAGAUUGGAUCCAACCAUUCAGGCUGGAGUCUGCAGGGUUUGCAUCUUGCCAUUUGGGUCCCCUGUUUCCAGUUUGGCUUCGCCAGCAGCUCCUUCAUAUCACUAAGCUAGACAUUUCAAGCACAGGGUUGGUGGGAAACAUUCCUGAUUGGUUUUGGUCAUUUUCAAAGGCUGCUUCUCUUGACAUGUCUUACAAUCAAUUAAAUGGUAACUUGCCGACAGAUAUGAGUGGCAUGGCCUUUCUAGAGCUAAACCUCGGUUCAAACAACCUCACAGGACAAAUGCCACCAUUUCCAAGAAACAUCAGGAAGUUAGACAUCUCUAACAAUUCAUUUUCAGGCAUCAUGCCACACAAGAUUGAAGCCCCACUGCUCCAAACACUAGUCGUGUCCUCAAAUCAAAUUGGUGGCACCAUUCCGGAGUCGAUUUGCGAAUUGAAGAACCUGUUAUUUCUAGAUUUGUCGAACAAUCUUUUGGAAGGUGAAAUUCCUCAGUGUUCUGACAUUGAACGCCUAGAAUUUUGUCUCCUAGGCAACAACAAUUUAUCAGGAACGUUCCCAGCAUUUCUGCGCAACUGUACGAGUAUGGUGGUCUUGGACCUUGCAUGGAAUAAUUUAUCUGGAAGGUUACCUUCUUGGAUACGGGAGCUGUAUAGUUUACAGUUUCUACGUCUAAGCCACAAUUCAUUUUCUGGGAAUAUUCCGUCUGGAAUAACCAGCCUUUCUUGUCUUCAAUACUUGGAUCUAUCAGGAAACUACUUUUCUGGUGUUAUACCUCCUCAUCUUUCAAAUCUAACAGGUAUGACCAUGAAGGGAUACUGCCCAUUUGAAAUUUUCGGCGAGAUGGGAUUUAAAUUCGAUGAUAUAUGGUUAGUAAUGACAAAAGGGCAACAACUUAAAUAUAGUCUGGGACUUGUAUAUUUUGUAAGCAUUGAUUUAUCAGGCAACGGCUUAACUGGUGAAAUUCCUUUGGGUAUCACAUCCUUUGAUGCCUUAAUGAAUUUGAAUUUGUCAUCAAACCAACUGGGUGGAAAAAUUCCCAACAAGAUUGGUGCCAUGAUGUCGUUGGAAUCCCUAGACCUCUCCAUCAACAAGCUUUCUGGUGAAAUCCCAUGGAGCUUAUCAAACCUGACAUCUUUAAGCUACAUGAACUUGUCCUACAACAAUCUCUCAGGAAGGAUACCCUCAGGCCGCCAGCUAGACACCUUAAACGCGGACAACCCGUCACUUAUGUACAUAGGCAACAGUGGGCUUUGUGGACCUCCUCUUCAAAAUAAUUGUUCAGGAAAUGGUAGUUUCACACCUGGUUAUUAUCACAGAAGCAAUAGGCAAAAAAUCGAGUUUGCAUCAUUUUAUUUCAGUCUUGUAUUGGGGUUCGUGGUGGGGCUGUGGAUGGUGUUUUGUGCUCUGUUGUUCAUGAACACAUGGAGGGUUGCUUAUUUUGGGCUCCUCGACGAGCUGUAUAACAAGAUCUACGUGUUUGUAGCUGUAAAAUGGGCAAGUAUGACAAUGAGUGCAGCUGCAGAAUGAGAGCAGAACAUCUUGAAGGAAAUAUUGUCCAGGACACAACCAAUACAAUGGAAACUGUUAAUGGACCAGUCAGGAAGAUAUAUAAAAGUGCUAUAGGCCGUGUGGUUUCGUCCAAAUAAAGACCAUGUUCUGAUUUAUCCUUCUGUUACCUGUAAACCAUAAUACUUCUUUAGAUUCAAGCACUACAUGUGUAACUAUAUUGUUUCGACAGAUUUAUCUGUUUAUCAAUACAUUGUUUUUUCAUCA